AUGAAUAAUUCAAUAGAGGGCGCUGCGGAUGGUAUGGAGUUGUUUCCCUUGUAUGUGACUGUCCCCUUGGGAAUCUUUUUAGCUUUCCUGAUUAUUAUAGCCAUGUUGGGGAAUGCAUUGACAAUCAUAGCGUUCGUGCGAGAUAAAAAGCUGCAAACCGUUUACAAUAUGUAUCUGGUCAACUUGGCCGUUACCGACUUCUCUCUAAGUGUAUUUAGCAUGACAGUGUAUUCCGUGUAUACCAUUACCAGCUUUGCCUGGCCAUUCGGAUACCACUUCUGUAAAGUCUUUUUGGUAGUUGAUUUUACACUUUGCUUAGAAUCUGUUAUUUCUAUCGUCGUCAUCAGCUUAGACAGAUUGCUUCUGUUAAAGCACGGCCCACACUACGUCUUGAAAGAGUCCACAAAAGUAGCCACGACAAAAAUAGCUAUCUCCUGGGUCUUGGCCUUUUCUCUGUAUUCGCCAGCCAUCAUUGGUUGGGACUUAUGGACGGGUGAAGAUGUGAACGACCCGGAGGACUGUGAUGUACAAUUUGUUUACCACUUUAUAUUCACCACCACUACAGCCAUUAUCGAGUUUGCCAUUCCAUUCAUCGCAAUCAGCAUUUUGAAUUUUCUCAUUUAUCUCGAAAUACGUAAACGAACAGUGGUAUUUCCUACGACAAUUACAGGAAAUCCCCCAUCCGAACCAAAUACAGACUACGUAUGCGCCGCAGCCAAGGAAACAACACGCAAGGACAUCAAGGCGGCACGUUUUCUAGCCAUGUUGGUUCUUGUUUUUGUUUUGACCUGGGCACCUUACACUAUUACUACCAUUAUAAUUUCUUUUUGCGAAGAGUGCGUUAAUGAGUACGUGUAUGAAUUUCUGGUUUGGUUGUUAUGGUCUAAAUCCGCAAUCAACCCUCUUCUGUAUGCGUAUAACAGUGCAAUGUUCUAUAAGAAUUUUAAAGAAAUAUUAAGAUGUAAAAGAUCGGCUGCAAAUACCCAAAACUCUACCGUAAUGUCCCAUGUCACGUACUGA